CCAAGUCUAAUUUAAGACAACAUGACCUCCCACGAAGACUUCGUUCAAGUACACUUAUGUCGCCCGUCGCAGGUUAAUGCCGUGAUCUGCAGAGACGUGAUUAACAUCUGCGCGGGCAUAUGUCCCGAUGCUCUGAUAGCCAUAGUAACAAAUCCUGUGGACUCGUUGGUGCCAGUUGCAGCGGGAGUCUUAAAGAAACGCGGGGCUUAUCGGCCUGAAAAGCUCUUCGGCAUCUGUCAGAUCGACCAGAUGAGAGCGGAGCAUUUCUACGCCGAGGCCACUGGUCAGGAACCGGAAAAGGUCUACGUGCCUGUCGUGGGUGGUCACUCGGAGGCCACCACGGUACCUUUGUUCUCCAAAGCAAGACCGAACGUCUCCUUGACGGCGGAGGAAACCAUGACUUUGAUCAAUCUUGUGAGGAAGGCUGCGAGCAAAAUCGUUCAUCCUACAAAAACGGAAUCCGUCGGGGCUACGUUUUCAAUGGCGACAGCGGCGUUACACUUUGUUCAUCAUUUAUGCCGCGCCGUUCACGACGAGCCACAUGUGAUCAUUUCCGCUUACGUGGAGUCGACGGUAACCAAAUCAGGUUUCUUCAGCAACGAAUUAUUGCUCGGGCCGCACGGUAUCAAAGAGAAUCUCGGCUACGGGAAGGUUACAAAGCUCGAGCAACAGCUGAUUGACGAAGCAGUGGUGAAACUUCAAGGAGAGAUCAAGAUGGUUGAGGAUUUCAUCGCUAAAAACGUCAAAUAAUUUACAGGAUUAAAGUUAUCGUCUUUGCCGUUCAACGUGAACAAGGAUCAAUCAAUUGAGUGGAAGAGAAGAGCAAUGAAGACGCGGGCCACGUGUUCUGGUAGACUCGGUCGCAUAAAUUUCCCAAAUAACCCUUUCGUAUCGAUUAGAAAGAGGGAUUUGCCUCCGUUCGAUUCUCCCCGAAAGAAUGCAGUCUAUACAUUCCCGAUCGUCCGCCGCCGCACUCGGCAUCCGGCGGUUUCCCGUCUCCCGCCGAUAGAAGCGUACGUCGCGCAAACGAUAGGAGAACAGGUUCGGUAGCGGUAUUUAAGAAUCUGGAAAGGGACGAACUAGCGAGAUAGCACGCUAACCACCGGCGUAUCGCCGCAUUAGCGAUAACGUGAAAUUACCGCACGAGGCAUGAUUCCCAUGAAUCCCCGACGGCUAACCGUCGGUGUUUAUUGGAAGGCAAUCUCCCGGGCCAGCGGAGGGGGAGGAAAAAGCGAGAUCUUUGAGCGAUUGAAACGCGGAAAGUAGACGACUCCGGUGUUCCGCGAUGCCGAGCGGCGAUUAUGCAUCGUGAGCACCCGCAUAGAUCCACCCGUUCGGCGAUUCCCACGGCCGCAUACCGCUGCCGCCGAGACCUUAUUCUGCCACUGCCAAUGAUCGGCGAAUGAAGACGUAUCGCGCGAGUCGAGCCUCGAUACGCGAAUUAUCGCAGAUACCGCCACCGGGAGAUCUCGCGCGCACUAUUUAUAUCUAACACUCGUCAAAAUUAAUCGCCGUUUCUUUGCCGUAAGUCAUUCGAUCAAUUGUCGUAGAAACGUAAAAACGACUAUAAAAUGUAAACUCGAAUUUUGCCGGAAGAAAAGAAUUAUAUACGGUUUCUUUGAAUUUGAUAUACGUGUUCGUUUGACUUGGGUUUGCUUAAUAUAAACAACAUGAUUUAAUAUGAAAUAUCGUUCUGUUUGAAUGAAAAUGUUGCUCCGCUAGAGUAAAUCAUGUUGUUCGAUGAGAAAAACGGUA